AUGUAUUUUUCUUCUCUUUCAUCUUCUCAUCAUAAGUUUCUUUUAUCUCUACAUUCCGAUGUUGAGCCAAAGCCUUUUAAAGACGUCAAUCAACAUUCUAAUUGGCGUAGUGCUAUGAAAGAUGAGCUGGAUGCUCUUGAGUUGAAUAAAACUUGGCGUCUUGUUGAUUGCGCUACAAGCAUUAAGCCAGUUGGAUAUAAAUGGGUCUAUCGCAUAAAAAACAAGCCUGAUGGUUCAAUUGAUCGAUAUAAAACACGCCUUGUGGCUAAAGGGUUCACUCAGAUUGAAGGUGUUGAUUUCUUGGAAACUUUCUCCCCUGUUGUCAAGCCUGCCACCAUCAGAUUAAUUUUAGCAUUGGCCUCUAUGAAGUAUUGGCCCAUACAUCAGUUGGAUGUCAAUAAUGCUUUCUUACAUGAGGAUCUUUUUAGGAUGUUUACAUGA